AUGGGGGACGCCGGGGGGGGUUUCGGGCUGGGGCUGCCGGAGCUGCGGGCGCUGAUGGAGCUCCGGGGCGCCGAGGCGCUGCUGAGGCUGCAGCGGGACCUGGGGGGGGUCCCGGGGCUCUGCCGCCGCCUGCGCACCUCCCCCACCGACGGGCUGUCCGAGGGUCCCCCGGAGCUGGAGCGGCGCCGCCGGACGUUCGGCCGGAACUGGAUUCCCCCACGGCGCCCCAAGAGCUUCGCGGCGCUGGUGUGGGAGGCCCUGCAGGACGUCACCCUGGUCAUCCUCGAGGUGGCCGCGCUCGUGUCCCUCGGGCUGUCCUUCUAUGCCCCCCCCGGUGCCGCCGAUGAAGCGUGCGGGCAGGCGUCGGGGGGCGCAGAGGACGAGGGCGAGGCGGAGGCCGGCUGGAUCGAGGGCGCUGCCAUCCUGCUCUCGGUGGCCUGCGUGGUGCUGGUGACGGCGUCCAACGACUGGAGCAAGGAGCGCCAGUUCCGGGGGCUGCAGAGCCGCCUGGAGCGCGAGCAGCGCGUGGCCGUCCUGCGCGGGGGACACCUGGCGCAGGUGCCCGUGGCUGACCUGGUGGUUGGGGACGUCGUGCAGGUCAAGUACGGUGACCUCCUGCCCGCCGACGGCGUCCUGAUCCAGGGCAACGACCUCAAAAUCGACGAGAGCGCCCUGACCGGGGAGAGCGACCACGUCCGCAAGUCCCUGGACAAGGACCCGCUGCUGCUCUCGGGCACCCACGUCAUGGAGGGCUCGGGCAGGAUGGUGGUGACGGCCGUGGGGGUGAACUCGCAGAGCGGCAUCAUCUUCACCCUGCUGGGUGCCGCGGGGGACGAGGAGGAUGACAGCAGGGACAGGAAAGGGAAGCCCCAGGAUGGCGCCGUGGACACCCCACAACCCAAAGGCAAGCGGCAGGACGGGGCGGUGGCCAUGGAGAUGCAGCCACUGAAGAGCGCCGAGGGAGGGGACAGCGCGGACGGGCCGGGGACGCGUCCCCGAGGUGGCCCCAAGAAGGAGAAGUCCGUGCUCCAGGCCAAGCUGACCCAGCUGGCCGUGCAGAUCGGGAAGGCAGGCCUGGCCAUGUCGGCCAUCACCGUCAUCAUCCUCGUGCUCUACUUCGUCAUCGAGACCUUCGUGGUGCAGGGCCGGCCGUGGGUGGCCGAGUGUGCCCCGGUCUACGUCCAGUACUGGGUCAAGUUCUUCAUCAUCGGUGUCACCGUGCUGGUGGUGGCCGUCCCCGAGGGGCUCCCGCUGGCCGUCACCAUCUCGCUGGCCUACUCUGUCAAGAAAAUGAUGAAGGACAACAACCUGGUGAGGCACCUGGACGCCUGCGAGACCAUGGGCAACGCCACGGCCAUCUGCUCGGACAAGACGGGCACGCUGACCACCAACCGCAUGACCGUGGUGCAGGCCUUCGUGGGGGGGUCCCACUUCAGCCACCCCCCGGCUCCGGCCGCCCUGGCCCCCCCCACGCUGGACCUGCUGGCCCAGGCCAUCGCCAUCAACAGCGCCUACACCAGCAAGAUACUGCCCCCCGAAGCCCCCGGGGCUCUCCCUCGCCACGUGGGCAACAAGACCGAGUGUGCCCUGCUGGGGCUGGCGCUGGCCCUGGGCCGGGACCCUGAGGCCGAGCGGGCGCAGGUGCCUGAGGAACACCUGGUCAAGGUGUUCACCUUCAACUCGGAGCGCAAAUCCAUGAGCACCGUGACCCGCCGGCCCGGGGGGGGCUACCGGCUGUUCUGCAAGGGAGCGUCCGAGAUGGUGCUGCACAGGUGCAGCUCGAUGCUGGACGCGGGGGGCUCCCCGCGGGCUCUGGGGGGGCCGGAGCGGGAGGAGCUGCUGCGGCGCGUGGUGGAGCCGAUGGCGGCGGGGGGGCUGCGGACCCUCGUCCUCGCCUUCCGCGAUUUCCCCCCCCGGCCCGAGCCCCCCUGGGAUGACGAGGCCGCCGUGGUUGGGGAGCUCACCUGCAUCGCCAUCGUGGGAAUCGAGGACCCCGUGAGGCCCGAGGUGCCCGAGGCCAUCCGGAAGUGCCAGCGCGCAGGGAUCACGGUGCGGAUGGUGACAGGCGACAACCUGGACACGGCGCGAGCCAUCGCGGCCAAGUGCGGGAUCCUGCCCGCGGGGGGGGGAGGGGAAUGGCUGUGCCUGGAGGGGAAGGACUUCAACCGGAGAAUCCGCAACGACCGCGGGGAGGUGGAGCAGGAGCGCCUGGACAAGGUGUGGCCCAAGCUGAGGGUCCUGGCGCGGUCAUCGCCCACCGACAAACACACCUUGGUCAAAGGUAUCAUCGAGAGCACCAUCGGGGACCAGCGCCAGGUGGUGGCGGUCACCGGCGAUGGCACCAACGAUGGCCCCGCCCUCAAAAAGGCGGACGUGGGAUUCGCCAUGGGCAUCGCUGGCACGGACGUGGCCAAGGAAGCCUCGGACAUCAUCCUGACGGACGACAACUUCUCGAGCAUCGUCAAGGCCGUCAUGUGGGGCCGCAACGUCUACGACAGCAUCGCCAAAUUCCUGCAGUUCCAGCUCACCGUCAACGUGGUGGCCGUCAUCGUGGCCUUCACCGGGGCCUGCAUCACCCAGGACUCUCCGCUGAAGGCGGUGCAGAUGCUCUGGGUGAACCUGAUCAUGGACACCUUGGCCUCGCUGGCCUUGGCCACCGAGCCGCCCACGGAGGCGCUGCUGCUGCGCCGGCCCUACGGCCGCGAGCACCCGCUGGUGUCCGGCACCAUGCUGCGCAACAUCCUGGGCCACGCCCUCUACCAGCUGCUGGUCAUCUUCACCCUGCUCUUCGCUGGGGAGGUGCUGUUUGACAUCGACAGCGGCCGCGCCGCCCCUCUGCACGCGCCGCCCUCCGAGCACUUCACCAUCAUCUUCAACACCUUCGUGCUGAUGCAGCUCUUCAACGAGCUCAACGCGCGCAAGCUGCACGGCGAGAGGAACGUCUUCGAGGGCGUCUGCGCCAACCCCAUCUUCUGCACCAUCGUCCUGGGCACCUUCGCCGUGCAGGUGCUGAUCGUGCAGUUCGGGGGGAAGCCGUUCAGCUGCUCCCCACUCAGUGCCGAGCAGUGGCUCUGGUGCCUCUUCGUGGGUGUGGGGGAGCUCGUCUGGGGACAGGGACCCCUGAGCCAUGGAUCCCCCACCCAUGGGACCCCAGACCCACCCAGGGACCCCUGA